GGAAGGCCGCCUCAUUGGUCCGCGCAGUCAGGGUCCGGCGGCUUGUCUCUUUAGCACUCAGGGCGCUGACCCACUUCUUUUCCUCGAAGUGAGUGCUCGAUUCCUUCCGGCGCCCGGAGCUGCUGGCCUAAAGGCAUCCGGAGGGAGCUAGGCUGGGCACCAUGACCACCCUUGACGAUAAGCUGCUGGGGGAGAAACUGCAGUACUACUACAGCAGCAGUGAGGAUGAGGACAGUGACCAUGAGGACAAGGACCGAGGCAGAGGCGCCCCGGUCAGCAGUUCUGUGCCUCCAGAGGCUGAGCUGGCAGGCGAAGGCAUCUCAGUUAACACAGGCCCAAAAGGUGUGAUUAAUGACUGGCGCCGCUUCAAGCAGUUGGAGACAGAGCAGAGGGAGGAGCAGUGCCGGGAGAUGGAAAGGCUGAUCAAGAAGCUAUCAAUGACUUGCAGGUCCCAUCUGGAUGAAGAGGAGGAGCAACAGAAACAGAAGGACCUCCAGGAGAAGAUCAGUGGGAAGAUGACUCUGAAAGAGUUUACCAUGAUGAAUGAGGACCAAGAUGAUGAAGAGUUUCUGCAGCAGUACCGGAAGCAGAGAAUGGAAGAGAUGCGGCAGCAGCUUCACAAGGGGCCCCAGUUCAAGCAGGUUUUCGAGAUCCCCAGUGGAGAAGGGUUUUUAGACAUGAUUGAUAAAGAACAGAAAAGCACUGUCAUCAUGGUUCAUAUUUAUGAGGAUGGCAUUCCGGGGACCGAAGCCAUGAAUGGUUGCAUGAUCUGCCUUGCCGCAGAGUACCCAGCUGUCAAGUUCUGCAGGGUGAAGAGCUCAGUUAUUGGCGCCAGCAGUCGCUUCACCAGGAACGCCCUUCCUGCCCUGCUGAUCUAUAAGGGGGGUGAAUUGAUUGGCAAUUUUGUUCGUGUUACUGACCAGCUAGGGGAAGAUUUCUUUGCUGUGGACCUUGAAGCUUUUCUCCAGGAAUUUGGAUUACUCCCAGAAAAGGAAUUCUUGGUGCUGACAUCUGUGCGUAACUCUGCCACCUGUCACAGUGAGGAUAGCGAUCUGGAAAUAGAUUGAACUGAUAGUCUGCUUCCAUAGAUUUCUCAUUGUUUGGGUUGGAAUAUACAUGUCGUUGUUUAUUUUUGUUCUUCCUUUGUCUUCCGGCUUUUCAGCUGCUCUUUGUAGUCCCUUUUAUUUUGUGUGAAACCAAGAAAUUCUUAGAUUAAAUCAGAAUGCUGAAUAAU